AUGGAUGUACUCGCCUUAGAGGCAAAGAAUGUCACCGGACCUGAAGCUGAGAAGAAGUCUGCACCGAGGCCAAAACCAAAACCUCCAAAAAAGGCCAAAAGGAUUGUAUACUUUGAGGUGGAGAUCGUGGACUUAAAGACUAAAGAGAAACUGCUGCUGCUGGACAAGGUGGAGCCAACCGCCACUGUUUUGGAUAUUAAAGCUUUGUUUCAGAAAUCAUACCCAAAGUGGUAUCCAGCCAGACAGUCGCUGCGUUUGGAUCCAAAGUCAAAGUGUCUCAAGGAUGACGACGUUCUGCAGACACUUCCUGUGGGAACCACAGCCAGCUUUUACUUCAGUGACCUAGGACCCCAGCUCACAUGGGGAACCGUGUUCCUGGCAGAGUGUGCUGGCCCACUGCUCAUCUACUUAAUGUUCUACUUACGCCUUCCCUUCAUCUACUCUCCGAAAUAUGACUUCACCAGCAGCAAACACUGGAUCGUACACUUGGCCUGCAUGUGUCACUCCUUCCACUACAUCAAGAGGAUUCUGGAGACGAUGUUUGUCCAUCGUAUCUCCCAUGGGACCAUGCCUCUCAGAAACAUAUUUAAGAACUGUGGCUAUUACUGGUGCACUGCAGCUUGGAUGGCGUACUACAUCAACCACCCUCUCUACACCCCACCCUAUUAUGGGCAACAGCAGGUGAAUACAGGACUUUACAUUUUCUUGUUCUGUCAAGUAGGGAAUUUUUCUAUACAUGUUGCUCUUCGUAACCUCAAGCAACCUGGUGCAAAAACCAAGAAGAUUCCUUACCCAACGAAAAAUCCCUUCACAUGGAUUUUUUGGCUGGUCUCUUGUCCCAACUACACGUAUGAGCUGGGCUCCUGGAUCGGCUUCACAGUGAUGACCCAGUGUGUGCCUGUGGCUUUCUUCACUCUCGUGGCCUUCGUCCAGAUGACUGUGUGGGCCAAAGGCAAACACCGCAGCUACUUAAAGGAGUUCAGAGAUUAUCCGACCCUGCGCUCCUCCAUACUCCCCUUCAUCCUGUAG